AUAUUACAAGCCAUUUAAACUUAACUUAAACAAUACCCCCACCAUUGCUACCGAUGGAUUGGUCCACGUUCAAUCUCUGUUCGGAGGAACUAAUACAUACGUGACCUAGACUUUUCUUUCAAGGAUUGACAACAGGCUCCAUGAACAACUUGAAUGACCCCCCUAGAUGGAACAUCCCACCAGGCGCUGGCGGAAGGGGGGCGGGAGCCGGUGAUGGUAACCAAUGGAACUACGCACUCCUGGUCCCAAUGUUGGGAUUGGCUGCCUUUCGCUGGAUUUGGACCAGAGAGUCACAAAGGGAGAUCCAGAAUGCCAAAGCUCAGUACGACAAAGAUGUGUCCUUAAUAAAAAGUGAAAUGGAGGCACGGUACCGAGCGACACUUACGGAGAGUCACAGAAAAGCUGCUACACUGGAGCUUGAGCUGGAAAAGGAGAAACAGAAGGUGAAAGGCUACAGGCAGGCCCUCAUCUCACAGAGCCAGCAUCAGAUGGAACAACAGAAACAGCUGCAGCAGGAACGGGAGACCUUGGAGGAACAGAAGCAACGACUUGUAAAAUCCGGUGCGCAGUUGCUCCUGAAGGUGGUCAAGGACCCCGUCAUGGCAGAACUAGAUGUUGAGUCUGAUCUGAAGGACAUUUUCAAAAGAGAUAAACACUGUGCUGAUUUGUUGAACAUGGACAAGAGGAAGAACGGAAGCCUCAUGUGGGUGUAUUUGAAGUACUGGCAGCUGCAGGUCACUGUCCAAAAACACAGAAAAGCUGAAGAGGCCUUAUUAGCAGGUAAAGUUCAGGUAAACACAAAAUGAAACAUUUUGAAAUUCACAAAAGAAAUGUCAUGACAAUGUGAAAUGCAUGUGAUGCAAUGUCAACGCGACUAUGUUCUACAUCAUCUCCAAUCUUAAACAAAAUACUGAAAAAUAAAAUCACUACAACCACAGACUCCAGAUAGGGUUGAUGAACUUUAUUUUAACUUAAAAACCCCAAAACCUACAGUAUAUAUGCACUAGGAAUUGCUAUUUUUAUCUUUAUUGGAUAUUUAAUUUCUAUACUUAUUUAUUUUUAUAUUAUAUACCUGCAAGAUAUUGUCAGUGAGUGUGUGCUGUAACACAGAUUACAUGUCUGAGAAUUACCAAAAAUUGAAACAAAUUGCAAUACAGUACCAUUUCAUCCAUCUUUAAUUUCCUCUCUUCUCUAUUAUGUUAAAGUUUAGUU